AUGGUCCUGGCUGACUGCGCGGUGGCUAUAGCACCUGGAUUUCUCUUGGCGAUAGCGCUGUUUCCACUGAUUUACAGCGGUCCAGGGACACCGCCAGGGAUAGGCGGCAAAACCGGAGCACUAGGGAGAGAAGUUACACCAGUUCCUGUACUGGAGCUGGAUGUUCCAGAAGUGGGGCUUGCAGUACCAGAGCUUGAUGUUCCAGAGCUUGAGCUGGAUGCUCCGGAAGUAGAGCUUGAUGCUCCAGAAGUAGAGCUUGAUGCUCCAGAAGUAGAGCUUGAUGCUCCAGAAGUAGAGCUUGAUGCUCCAGAGGUGGAACUUGAUGCUCCAGAAGUGGGGCUUGCUGUACCGGAGCUGGACGUUCCAGAGGUUGAGCUAGGAUCUCCAGAAGUAGAGCUUGAUGCGCCAGAAGUAGAGCUUGGAUGCUCCAGAAGGUAG